GGGUUAAGAUUAAUGUUACACUUAGGAGUUAAAGGUGUUAAGGGUUAAUGUUAGGUGAAGGGUUUUCUAAAAAUAGUUCAGGUUAGGGUUAGCUAAGUAGUUGCAAAGUAGCUAAAAAGUAGUAAGUAGUUGAAAAGUCGCUAAAAUGCUAAAGUUGUCCUUGAUAAGAUUUGAACUCUCAACCUUUGGGUUGCUAGAUAUUUGUGUUUUACAACCACCCAUCCACCUGUCUAACACAUCAUAAGAAACGGGUUUAUGUACAGAAUAAUACGAAAUGCUCUGAGACCAAGUUGCGUGGGAGGGAGAUGACAAAACCUGUAAGGCAGGCCUGUUACAUGACGAUCAACGUAAAAUAAGUAUGUGGUCGGGAAUUCACGAAGGCUUCAAGAGGAAACAACUGAAAAACAUUCUCAUGACUUGUGUACGGUGGAUAUUUAUGUGAUAGAGAGCACCGAGUUGAAAGACACAGGUAGGCUUUCACAAACCGUGACGUCUCACAAACAAUUAUGUUUUGAUAGUCAAUGACUACAGAAUACAUUUAAAAAAAAAUCCUGGUCCGCUACAGAAAUAAAGAAUGAGUCAAUGGAAACAAAUUCAACAGCUCGAGUUCAAAUACCUGGAGCAGGUGGAUUACCUUUAUGAUGACAACUUCCCUAUGGGGAUUCGGCAGGUGCUUUCUGACUGGAUUGAAAGCCAGGACUGGGAUAUGGCCGCACACCAUGAGUCCAUGGCGACAGUUCUCCUCAGCAAUCUCCUGUCUCAGUUGGACAGGCAGUGUUCUCAGGAACAGAACUUCCUACAAAGACACAACCUGAAGAACAUCAACAAGCAGUUACAGAUAAAAUACAAAGCCUACCCUCUGCUCAUGGCCGGGGUUAUCUCCACUAGCCUCAGAGAGGAGCGUCGUAUCAUCGCCUCAGCCAACAUACCGGAACAGGGCCCGUUGGAGAAGUCUGUACAGAAUUCCGUGGCCUUCGAGAGACAGAAGAACAUGGACAACAGGGUGGUCGUGAUCAGGAGUAGUGUGCAGAUGCUGGACCCGGCAGUGAAAUGUCUAGAGGACAUGCAAGAUGACUUUGACUUACGCUUCAAAACUAUCCAGUCUCGAGAUCAGGCGGACAGGAACACAGAGCGGAUGGAACAGGAAGUGGCCCGACUGCAGGAGAUUCUCAACAACCUGGACUUUAGGAGGAAGGAGAUCCUGUCUAAAAUGAGUGACGUGAUGAAAGAGAUUGACGCUCUGAUAGCCUCCCAGCUGAACCCAGAGCUGAUGGAGUGGAAACGCAGGCAGCAGAUCAACUGUAUAGGUGGCCCACUGCUCACUGGACUGGACCAGCUCCAGAACUGGUUUACUCUGACGGCCCAGAGUCUGUUCCAGAUGAAACGUCAGCUGGACAAACUGGGAGAACUUAUCCUGAAGGUGACCUAUGCGAGCGACCCCAUCUCCUUGCAGAGACCGCAGCUGGAGGAGCAGGUCAAAUACCUCAUCGACCACCUCAUCAAAAGCUCAUUUGUGGUGGAGAAGCAGCCAUGGAUGCCAACCCACCCCCAGAAACCUCUCAUCAUCAAGACCGGGGUGCAGUUCACCACCAAAGUCAGAUUGUUGGUCAAACUCCCAGAGGUGGAUUAUCAACUGAAAGUGAAGACGAUAUUUGACAAGCACCUCCCCCCUGGCAGAGUACAUCGUCAGUUCUUCAUCCUGACUUCCACCACCAAAGUAAUGGACGUGGAGGAAUCAUCUAAUGGCUGUCUAUCUGUAGAGUUCAGACACUUGCAGCUGAAAGAGAAGAAAUAUGUUAACGGUAUAAAGGUGAACGAGGGUCCUCUCUCUGUGACGGAGGAGCUCCACUCCCUCAGCUUCGAGGCCCAGUUCAACAUACAGGGCAUUAACAUCGACCUGGAGACCUGCUCUUUUCCUCUGGUGGUCAUCUCCAAUGUUAGCCAGCUGACUGGAGGCUGGGCCUCCAUCAUGUGGUACAACAUGCUGACUGACGAACCCAGGAACCCGGACUUCUUUGCCAGUCCUCUGCGGGCCAGUUGGGGCCAGCUCUCUGAAGUGCUGAGUUGGCAGUUCUCGACUUUCACUGGGCGGGGCCUCAACAGGGAGCAGCUGUGCAUGCUGGGAGAGAAACUCAUGGGUCAGCAAGCCUCUCACAAUGAAUGUCAAGUAUCCUGGUCCAAAUUCUGCAAGGAGAAUAUUCCUGGGAAGCCUUUCAGUUUUUGGAUGUGGCUGGAUUUCAUCCUGGAGCUCAUCAAGAAGCACCUGCUUCCCAUCUGGAACGACAACUGCAUCAUGGGCUUUGUCAGUAAGGAGACAGAGAGGGCCUGUUUGAAGGACAAGGAGCCUGGGACAUUCCUGCUGCGCUUCAGUGAGAGCCACCUGGGUGGGAUCACUUUCACCUGGGUGAAGCAGUCCGACAGUGGAGAGGCUAAAUUAAUCUCAGUGGAGCCGUACACCAAAUCACGCCUCAGCGCUCUCCCGUUCGCCAACAUCAUCCGGGACUACAAGGUCAUCGCAGACGGAGAGGUCCCUGAGAACCCGCUCAAGUUCCUCUACCCCGGCAUCCCCAAAGACGAGUCCUUCAGACGACAUUACAACAGUCAGCAGAGCAAAGUCUUUCCAUAUAUAUCAUCUACAUGGAUCCCCAUCUCCACUUUGCAAUGAGUUCUCCGUACUCCGAGUAACACAAGAUGACCUGCAGAGUAUGCCAAGUAUACGACUCUACGACUUGUGUUCCACUGAGGGUCACUGGAUGUGGCAUUUUCUCUUACAUCUGAUCACAAUAUAUUGCUCUUCUAUCCAACUGCUAGUAUUGUCUUUGAGCCCAUUGUCAUGAAUACAAACAUAUAAUGUUGUAAGUGUAAAGUAGAUAUUACAUGCAGUGGUAUAUCACUUCUCAUAAAAUAUAUGUAUUUAAUUGUGUGUAUUCUGAAAUGUCUUGUAUUAUGUGGCACUAAUGUUAGCCUGUUGUUGGACUAUAUGUCUUAAACUUCUCUAUCACGAACCAAGGUUUGGACAAAGAAUAAAUGUUUAUUAUCCCAUUCUUUUUCAUUAGUUUAGCUACCAAUUUGAUAUUUUUGCACUAAGCCCAAAAAAAUCCCAAGGCCUCUCGAGUAGAAAAAGGGUUUAACUACAUAUGAUUUCCCCUAUUGUCUUUACUACUGAGUAGAAUAUACAUACAGAUAGCCAUGAUCAACAGUCAGAGGAUGGAUAAAAUAUUGUACUGGACAAAGCAAUAUUUUUUUCAUCAGCUUUUCUCUCCUUGAAUAUGUGGAAAAGUAAUUAGUUUUUAUUAAUUGACUAAUGACUGCUUAUCAGAUUGUAACCCAGGGUUAGAUUACUAAUUUUGCUGUCUAAAAUUCAACACGUAAACAAAUUCCCAAGUAAGAUUUUUGUUUUUUGUCAUGCUCUUCAGAAGCACAACGUUUCCUCGUAUGUUGAAAUAUUUCGUGAAUGAUUCAAAUGCAGAUGUGCCGAUUCAUAUGUCAAUACCCGAUUCUCAUUUUCUCUUGGCAUUUAUUUGAUCUGCUACAUUGUUGGCAUCAUGUGGCUACUGUACCUCCCUUCUAUUGUAGUAAAAUGGGAAAGCACCUUGGGCUGUCCAUUUAGGUUACUGUUUUGCCUUGAAGGAAGAGGUUGCUUCCUUAUUUCACUGAUCAGCGGCGCUACAGUAGUUUCUGUCAAGUGUAAACACUAAUUUACAGGCUUUAUUCGCAAAAUAGUGUAGCAUGAUGUGUUGUAGGCCUACUUUGGGUUUACGGCUUCUUCCAAUGGUUUGUGGCACAGGUGGUUUAUACACCGCAAAAAAAUCUAAACUACCCUUUAUCUGUCAUUUAAACAGUGAAGUAUGAGAACCCGGGGGAUUAUCAUGAAUUACACACGACGAAGGCUGUUCUCAAACGCCUGGAUUAAACGGUUGCCAACAUACAGUACAUACAUUUGUUUGACCUUGACAAUCAAACCCUUUUUUUCUAUUUAGCCUGAGUCAGAUGAAUUCAUGGGUACCUUUUUGUAUGUCUGCGUGCAAUGCUGAAGGUCGUUUAUCAAGCCAAUGCUAACGCCCAAUGAUUGAAAGUCUACAGAAGCAGCUAGCGUGCUAGAGUGAAUAGUUUGGGCAAAAGCCAGUAGUUCAGAGAUUCUGAAGUUGCUAGCCAAGCGGACUGGUGGUCCAUUUUAAGCAACAACAAAAAAAGGUUGAUAUGCAGGCUGGCCAACUAAAGCUAACACACAAUCACAUCAAGCAGCUGUGCAUUUUUAAUUUGUUUUACCUUUUUCUAUUUCCAUUUCUUUGGAUUUAUCUCCAUAAUAAUGAUGAUUUCGCCUGGCUCAGAGAAGCUGUCAGUCUUGUCUGGACACAUUAAUACAACUGGUGAGUCUAUUCCUGGAUGCUAUUAGGUUAAAACCACAUUCCAACAAUGUAUCUAUUUCACAACCCACUACUGUUGUGAAAUAACAUAACUAAUUUCUGCAUAGGUCGGAGAGGCAGGCUUGCAAGGUUCAGAGUUGGAGGACUCAUUGUGGAUAUGACCCAAUUUAGCAUGGACAUUGCCAUUGAGGGCUUCCACCAUUUUAAAGUAGUCAACUGAGUUUCUUAUGGGUUGGGAGCGAUCAGCCAAUGAUCAGAGCAUUGUCUUCAAGUUGGGUUAACUAUGAUUUUUAAAUGUCUUUAAAAUACUGUAUAUCACCACAUUCUAGUGGCCACAAGUCAAUGACACAAUUUGGUUCAGGACUCCAGCACUGCAAGUGGCAGUAAAUCACCAAUAAUAGCUGUAUGCUUUUUUCAAACACAAAAUAAGAAAAUGUAAUACUUCAAAAUGGAGAUGGCCUCAAUGACACUGUGCGUGCUGUCACAGAUGCCAUAGUACAUUGUUCAUUCAAAUGGAAUUGUUAUUGUGAAUAACUUGCGGCUAUCAACCAACCAGCAUCCAAGAUCCAAAUGUACAGUUUUAUAAUGACUGUAGCCUAUAAUGGGACAAAGGACAUUCUGAUAUUGUAAUUGAUUGACUGUCUGCAUUGUACCAUAAUCUUGGCAUUAAUGUUUUUUAAUCAUUAUCUCUCUAGUAGGCCUAUGUUCGAUCUUGUAGGCCUCGUCCUAAUAUUUUAAAUAUUUCUUAACUCCAUUCUUUUACUUUUCGAUUUGUGUGUAUUGUUGUGAAUUGUUUGA